AUGUUCUCCGGCUCCUCCCUCUUUCCGCACUGGCGGCGCAAAGCAGCCGAACGCUCCAGUAAUAGUUCCUACGAGGUGCCCUUCUUCCUGAACGCUGCCUAUUAUCCCAAUUGGAGGAUAUACCGGAAACAGCCUCCGUCGGCCCUUCGAUUGGGCUUCAUUUCUCAUAUCUUCUACGCGUUUGCAUGGGUCAAAGAAGAUGGUACCGUUUAUCUUAGUGACGAAUGGGCCGAUGCGCAAAUGCCCGUCGACGGCACCAACGGCUGCCUGCGGGCCUUCGCGCAACUGAAGCCGCAGUAUUCCAAGAUGAAACUCAUUCUCUCAGUCGGAGGAGGCGGCAAGGGCAGUGAGAACUUCGCCCAAGUGGCCCGCAGUCAAUCCCGCACCGAGACGUUUGUUCGGAGCGCGAGAGCACUGGUGGAUCAAUUUGGUCUGGACGGCAUCGACGUGGAUUGGGAAUACCCCUCCGACCCACAAGAAGGAUCGGACUAUAUCCGUCUGCUGGCGCGACUGCGCGAAGUCCUGCCGGCCCCGCGUUAUGUUCUGGCCUCUUGUCUCCCGGCCGGACCAUGGGCUCUCCGUAACAUCGAUCUUUCCAAGGCGCAACUCUAUCUUGACCUGAUCAAUAUCAUGGCGUAUGAUUUCUCGGGCCCUUGGGAGAACCAGUCGGGUCAUCAGGCCCAGCUCUUCAGCAAGCAUCCCGCAGCCAUUUCAUGCCAAAACUCUAUCUCGUACGUGCUCAACCAGGGCGUCGACCCCAAGAAGCUCCUUCUGGGCAUCCCCGCAUACGGCCGCUCGUUCCUGGGUAGCACUGGAGUUGGUCAGCGGUAUGUAGGCUGUGGCGGUGAAGACGGCGUCUUCGACUAUAGCCAGCUGCCGCGACCGGGAGCCAAGGAGCAUCACGACAGCAGUCUGGGGGCAGCAUACUGCGUAGGGGGAGAUGGCGGCUUCGUCACAUAUGACACACCCCAGACAGUGCAGCAGAAGGCGAAAUUCGUCACAAAGAUGAAGCUGGGCGGGUUAUUCUACUGGCAUAUUGGAGGCGACGCACGGGGACCGCGAAAGUCUGAUUGA